AUGUCUACAGAAGGUCUGAUGACGCCAGUGCCGGGAGUCGAGCCUACCAUGGGCGGUGUGUAUCUCUGGCGAUACUCUCCAAACGUGGGGGCUGCCGCUCUAUUCCUCAUCCUCUUCAUGGCCACAUUUCUUUACACCACCUGGAGGAUCUGGAGAACACGAACCCUGUUCUGCAUCGCCUUCGCCGUCGGAGGUUUCAUGGAAAUGGUCGGCUACGGCAUCCGCGCAGGGGUGCAGAGCAAGACGGGGUUGCUUAUGCCCUUUAUUAUCCAAAAUCUAUUCAUCCUCGUCGCUCCCGUCCUCUUCGCGGCCACAAUCUACAUGACGCUAGGGAGGCUGAUCACGACUGUCCGGGGCACCUUGCACUCCCUCGUCAGGCCCCCGAGGAUCACACUAACGUUUGUCCUGGGCGAUGUCCUUUCCUUUGUCAUCCAGGGUGCCGGGGCCGGAAUGUCGGUAGUGCAGAACCAGAACUUGGCCAAAUGGUCUGAACGGAUUGUGGUGAUUGGUCUGCUCAUCCAGGUCAUCAUGUUCGCCCUGUUCUGUGUUCUAGCCGUCGUGUUCCACAGCAGGAUGAAACAAGCCCUAGCGUCUCGAACUAACGCAUAUCUGCCAUCAUGGGAGGGCACGAUGAUCAUGCUCUACGUUGUCAGUCUCCUCAUCAUGGCCCGCUCCAUCUUCCGAGUGGUUGAGUACUUCCAAGGUUAUACCGGGUAUGCCUUGUCUCAUGAGUGGACAUUGUACGUGUUUGACUCCCUUCUCAUGUUCGCGGCCACUGUUGUCUUUGCUUGGAAAUUCCCCGAAGAUGUUGUUGGGCAGCCUGGAGGAUCGGAGGAUGUUAACAUGGAUUCCCAGCAAUCUAUGCUAAAGUAA